AGAAGCUUAGCAUAGCAUGCAGUCUUGCGUGAAUUCAUAACGCACGUUAGAUCUUUUUUUCAAUUUUGGUUCUGGUAUUAAGCAAAAAUAUGGAAUUAAGUCACCCAGAACAAGAAAAACAACGAGGACCUGGAUUUGUAGGAAUUCGAUUUUGCCAGGAAUGUAACAACAUGUUGUACCCAAAAGAGGACAAGGAAAACAGGAUACUGCUUUAUGCUUGCAGAAAUUGUGACUACCAACAAGAAGCUGAUAAUGCAUGUGUCUAUGUCAAUAAAAUCACCCAUGAAGUCGAUGAGCUCACACAAAUUGUAGCCGAAGUGGUUGCUGACCCUACAUUACCGAGGACUGAAGAUCAUCCAUGUGAGAUGUGUGGUCAUCGAGAAUCUGUUUUUUUCCAGUCACAAGCAAAUAGAGCAGAGGAGGGAAUGCGAUUGUAUUACGUUUGCACAGCUCCAAAUUGUGGCCAUCGCUGGACAGAAUGACAGCUAUUGUUUGUUUUUGUGUUUUUUACUAUGGCAUAUUUGUAAAUAUAAUGUACUAUAAUGUAAAAAAUAAUGUACAUGUAUUCGAGGACUGAAAAUUGAAUACUACAUUGUGUAUUGAAAUGGAAUGUGAAAGCAACAAUAAUUGGAACAUCCCAGCUAAACAUGAAAGACUUGAAUUUGGGGUAAGAUAUUGUUCUGCUACUUAUUUCCUUUAAGCACUAUGAAUGCCAGAGGAAAUAUAUUAGGGUUUGUCAUUGAAUAUGAUUUGCUUCAUGUUUUAAAAAAUCUAUUUUCUCUUGCACAUUUGGUGCGGACUCCUUGUAUAUCAUAGAGCUAUCCAUGUGAGCUAUACACAUCAAACUGAGGUUGAGGUUUGGUUAGUUCUACUGUGCCAUUAUGCAUAAAAAUGAUGAAAAUGUGUCUGAUAUAACUUAAAUUUUUCUUCUGUGUCUCAUCAUUGCUGCACAUCAAAACAACACCAGAAUUUUGAAAAUAACAACUUAAAGUCAAGUGGAAAUUCAUGAAAAUAUGCUUAAGCAGUUAGUUGAAAUGUUCAGAUUGUUAUUUUCACUUAUUUUGCUAGUCCAGCAUCACUAUUCAUGUUCCAUUUUAAGUAAGUGUCCUCUAUUGUGAAAAUAAUACCAAGAUCAUAAAUUAGGCAACUAGUGACGAUACUGAUUUCUAUUAAAGGGGGCUGUCACAUCAAUAUAUUUAGCCAAGGCAAGCCGUUCUAUCAUAAUAAAUCAUAUUUUCUUUAUAUCACGAAUCUAUUUUGUUGAUAAACAAGUGGCAUUUUUUUAAAUAUCAAUAUGUAGCCUAUAUAUUUAAAUUGUAAAUUACUUGCCAUAUGUAUAUUGGUAUAUGCUGGCUAAAAUAUGCCUGUGUGACAGCCCCCUUAAUCUUUAAUCUGUACUGAAGAAUAAGGCACUAUAAAUACACCGUUUUCUGCUACCUGUCCACCUUUAAUUUUUGAGAUUUUUUAUCAUCUUUACCUUUUUGUCAAGAUCUUUUUACACUAAUUUAUUUUUCCAUCAAGUAUCAAUUCUGUGGAGUAGAUGGUUAGAGUCGAGCCCGGAGGGGCCACUUCCAUUGACGAGUGGAUAUCAUGCGCGACCACGGGGUCUUGAAAAGCAACCUAAACACGUAUUUCCAUAUUUUGAAAAUGCACCCCUUAACAAGUAUUGGCGUGUGGUGAAACCCUACCCUUAACAAGUAUUGGAAACAUAUACUAUUGGCAAGUAUUACCAGAAUUGAGCCCCUAAACAAGUACAACGAUGUAUUUUCCAUAUUCUGAAAAUGCACCCCUUAACAAGUAUUGGAAAAAACGAUACUCUUGGCAAGUAUUCCCUGAAAUGAACCCCUAAACUAGUACAGCGAUGUCACGGGUCCGUCGGUCGUCGGUUUUACCUUUACAUACCAUUUUUGGGGUGUAGUACGGCCCCACCUUCCACACCUCGCGCAAAUCGGACUCUAAACACGUAGUGUUGGGGCAAAAGGACAUCCUUUAUAAAACAUUUUUGAUUUUGUUUUAUCAUCCCCGCAUAUUAAUUUUGACCCUAAACACGUAUAUUUUUCCGAGCGAAAUAGAUACCCUUUUUUCAAUAUUUUUGUGUUUUUGACACCCUUUUCACGUUACGUACGUAACGUGCCCUAUCUUGAAAAAGACAUCCUUUUUACGUGUUUUUUUGGUCGCGCAUGGUAUCCACUCGUCAAUGUAAGUGGCCCCCCGGGGAGUCGAGAAGAGGAAUCAGUCCCGAUGUAUUAUUAGCCCUUGGAAAAUGAUUUCACAACUUACUGUCUGUUGUAUAUAACAUGAAUGUGAACUUUUAUGGAUGCAUAUCGUGCAUUAUUUGUAUGUGUUCCAUAAUACCAUUUCAACUGAAGCCCUAAAUCGGAUAUAUAAAGUAAGAAGCAAAAGUAAUAUUCUGGAAACAUUUUCCCCAUUCCUUUUAAAAUCGAUGUUCUUCUUUCAAUUUAAGAUGUUUACUUGUAAGGGGACUAACAAUCAGUGCUCGUUUCUAAUGCAAACAUUCAUGAAAUUCCAGGCUGUGAGAUCCCCCAGUCUGUCAUAAAACAUGUUUGGUUGAGAUUCAAGCAUUUUGAUUAGCAAGUAUUUCAGUACACACAUACAGUAAGCAGCGUUACUUAGUUAUAAUACAGGCAUAAGGAGCAUGUUGCUCACCUUGCGAUAGCAGUUACCUUCUCCCCUGGGGAUUCACAGGAAAUGGUCUAAUUUUCAAAGGGCAAUAAAAUAUGCUUUGAAAUACAACCAUUCAUGAGACCAAUACCAACUUACUAUUAAAUGCUUCUUAACAUGUAUAUCUAGAUCAAUCCGCUUUGGAUACUGUAUUUAUGGCAAUUUCUUACUUGGGGGCUUCAAGUAUACCUAACAAGAGAUAAUUUCCGCACUGAUAUAGCAACGCACCUUACCCUUUGCAAGUGCUUUUGUUCUUCUUUAAAAGCCCCCCCCCCCCACACACACACCUUUAUGGCCUCUAUUACAGUGCUCUGAUAUUGGAUUCAUUACUAAUGAGUUGAUCUGUUUUCUCAUUGAAACUUGCCUUAUUCUCAAAAUAUAAACAUUGCUUGUAUCAAACCAGUUAUGUACAUGCUUUCAUUAUGCAAAGGUUUGAAAAUUUUAUGGCAUGGAUGCCAUGGACCAGUGUAGACUGAAAAAUUCUGUAAAAUACUUUAUUUUUUCUUGUGGGGCCUGUUACACAAAGAUAUCUCUAAAGCUUCUGAUCAAGGCCCUGUCCACGGAGGAUUAUUCUAUUGUUACUGGGGUUUUGUCACAGCACUCCCAGUAACAAUAAAUAAUCCUUAGUGGCCAGGUCCAUGCUUCUGGUUGGUUAAAUCAAGUUUCAAUUUCCUGCAACAGACCCGUGGUAAAUAAAAAUAUUGUAUGUAACAAAACAAAGAACGCUGAUUAAAAUGGUGAUAAAUAAUACACACAAA